AUGUACACGCUGCUGGGGGCCGAGGUGUCGCUAUAUACCGGCAAGGUGCGGGCCUACCUGCGCUACAAGCGCAUCCCCUUCACCGAAGUCGUGGCAAGUGCAGAGGUCUACCGGACGGUCAUCAUUCCAAAGACGGGCGUCAGCUACAUUCCAGUGCUCUUGACGCCAGACGGCGAGACUGCAGUGCAGGACACGACCGACAUCAUCGACUUCCUCGAGCGCAGAUUCCCCACCAACCCGAUCUACCCCGCUACCCCAUGCCAACGGCUCGUGUCGCUCCUCUUUGAGGUCUACGCCGACGAAUGGCUCGUGAUCCCGGCCAUGCACUACCGAUGGAGCUUCCCGGAGAACCUCGACUUCAUCUACCGCGAGUUCGGGCGCACGAACCUCCCCGACGCCUCGGCCUCGGCCCAGGGCAAGAAGGUCGCGGCCAAGUUCGCGGGCUCCCUGCCCUUCCUGGGCGUCAGCGACCAAACCAAGGCCGCCAUCGAGGAAUGGUUCGAGACUUUCCUGGGGCAACUCGACGCCCACUUUGCCCAGCACGCAUUCCUGCUCGGCGGGCGGCCCACGCUGGGCGACUUUGGGCUGAUGGGUCCGCUCUACGCCCAUAUCUCGCGUGACCCCUACCCCGGCCGGCUCCUGCGCGCCAAGGCGCCCCACGUCGUCCAGUGGCUCGAGCGAAUGCAAUUCAACCACCCCCCAGCACUUGCCGGUGUUUGUCGACACAAUGGCGAGACUCUCCGAGUUCUGCCGGGGCCGGGGCGGGGCGGCCGGCUCAGGCCGCAUCCCGCGUGCCCUCGGGUGGCACGACUUCACCGUGGGCGGGGCCAAGGGAAGCCGCCUGGUCUACCCCUACACCGUGUGGAUGUUCCAGCGCCCACUCGAUUUCUGGGCAUCUCUUUCCAGGUGACACGCACGCACGCACGCACGCACACACACACACACACACAACGAAAAAGAAGAAGAAGAAGGUGGUGUUGA